AUGACUUUUGCCAAACUUUUGGACCAGGUUGGUGGCAUGGGUCGUUUCCAAGUCAUCAACGUGAUCUUGCUGAUCUUCCCAAUAUUACUCCUGGCAUGCCACAACCUCCUACAGAACUUUACAGCCGCCGUUCCUGAUCACCGCUGCAGGGACCCCGUUAAUGACACGUGCAGCGCAAAUGCAACAGAAAGCUUGGAAUGCAAGGACUAUCUGAGGGUCUCCAUCCCCAUGGACAGCAACUGGACCCUGCAGAAAUGCCAUCGGUUUAUCACUACCCCGUCGCCGUCCCUGAACUCCAGCGCUACGGGGCCACAGGACAGGGAGAAAGGGGGAGAAGCUUGUCUGGACGGAUGGAUCUAUGAUACAACUGUUUUUACAUCCACCAUUGUAACCGAGUGGGACUUAGUGUGCGACUCCCGAACCCUGAAGCAGAUGGCUCAGUCAAUCUAUAUGGCCGGUGUGCUCGUGGGCGCAAUCGUGUUUGGUGGCCUCUCCGACAAGUUUGGCCGGAAAGCCUUACUGAUCUGGUCUUGCCUUCAAAUGGCCGUUUCAGGAUCCUGCGCCGCCUUCGCCCCCAGCUUCACGGCAUACUGCAUCUUUCGUUUCCUGUCAGGAAUGGCUGUCUCAGGCGUUGGACUGAACUGUGUGUCACUUUCGAUAGAGUGGACACCCAUGCAGUCUCGGGCCACCGUCAGCACAGUGACAGGGUACGGCUACAGCAUUGGUCAGUUCGUCCUAGCCGGCAUGGCCUUCACCAUCCGUGACUGGCGCUGGCUCCAGCUGGCCGUGUCCUUUCCGUAUUUGGCUUUCUUCCUUUAUGGCUGGUGGUUCACAGAGUCAGCCCGGUGGUAUGCCACUUCUGGCAAACUAGAACAGGCACGAAGAGAGCUGCAGAAAGUCGCACGGAUAAACGGUCAAAGGGAACAAGGGGAGAAGCUCAGCUUAGAGUUCCUAACAGCCAACCUGCAGAAGGAAGUGGCCUCUGCCAAAUCAAGGUUUACUGCGGCUGACCUUGUGCGCACACCAGUCUUACGCCGACUAACCUGCUGCCUCUGCUUUGUAUGGUUCUCCACCAGCUUUGCUUACUAUGGGUUGGCCAUGGACCUGCAGAACUUUGGGGUCAGCAUAUACCUCAUCCAGGUCAUCUUCGGGGCUGUCGACAUCCCAGCGAAGCUCAUCGCCUUCCUUGUGAUUUGCUACUUUGGCCGCCGCAUCACCCAGGCAUUGGCUCUCAUUCUCGCAGGGUUUUCCAUUGUUGCCAAUAUCUUUGUUUCGGAAGAUAUGCAGAUCCUGCGAACGAUCUUUGCUGUUUUGGGGAAAGGCUGCCUGGCAGCAUCUUUCAACUGUGUCUUCCUAUACACUGGAGAACUUUACCCUACAGUGAUCAGGCAGACUGGGAUGGGCUUUGGCAACACCAUGGCACGUAUUGGCGGGAUUGUGGCUCCCUUGGUGCGGAUGACCAGCGAAUAUUCCCCCUCCCUUCCCCUUGUCAUCUAUGGGGCAGCCCCCAUCGUCUCUGGCAUUGCUGCCUGCUUCCUCCCUGAGACUCUGAAUGUGCCGCUACCUGAUACCAUUGAAGACGUGGAGAGCCAGUAA